AUGUCGAACGAGGAAAACGACUCAUGGACGUGCCCAGGCUGCACCCUUAAGAACGAGCUCAUCGCCGAAGCGUGUGCCGCUUGUGGAACCACCAGUCCGCUGGUUCUCCAGAGCUACGCAAUUGAAGAACGAGGUUGGACGGAAGGAGAAGGCACAGCUAUAGAUGGAGGACGAUCUCAACGUCCCAGUCUCGUGUCUCAAGGCUCCGACAAUGCUACACCCCGUGACGAUGGUGAAAUUGACCCGUGGGUUCAAGCGGAGUGUGAGUGGGCGCAGAUUGAGUCUCGCCAAGACGCGCGGUCGCGAAAGUAG